AUGCAUCCUUGUGGGUUACAAGAAGACGAAGGACGGACUCGUGUAGUAACUUUGAUGAAUUCUGAUCCUGGCAUUGCUGGAAAUAAAAUCAUGAUGUUCCCUGGCGGUGUAGGAAGUUCAGAAUUGCAGCAAGCUGCAGCGGAGAAAGUCAAAAGAGAUAUUGGAACAUUCGUUAUUUUCGGGUUCUUAAUAGAAGCUGUGGCGUUUGGCGCAUCUUACUUGAACAUCGAAGGAUUCCUCGCUUCACGCUCUGCUCAGGAAACAAUAGGCCUACAAGUAAACCAAAACAUGGAAACAACCGAUCCACAGUUGGCGCGAUUUCUUCAGCAGUUGCAGUCAGAGACGCAAAGGCAGAAGUUCACAGAGCAGGUUCAUACACUAACAGGCCGAUGUUGGGAUGUUUGUUUCGCUGAUUACCGCCCGCCUAGUAAACUCGAUGGAAAGACCUCCACAUGUCUUCAGGCAAGUGUGAUUCGAAAUCUUUAUUUUGUAUCACGAAAUGUUGAUUUGUAUGGGUCAUUGAUAACCGCGCAUAAUUGUGUGAAUCGAAUGAUUGAUGCUAGCAACUUCAUGGUGGAGCACCUGCAAAAGAUGGAAGGCGGCAAAGGAAUGGCAUAA